AUGAAAGGAAUAGUUUCCCAGUCCGUCAAAGAGGUCCUGCAAUCGCUCGUGGACGACGGACUUGUCUCCAGUGACAAAGUCGGCUCUUCUAACUUCUUCUGGAGCUUUCCCUCUCAACGAGGAACCGUGAUGCAAAAUCGGCUGGACACAGUGAAAGAGACCCGAGUCUCCCACCAGAAGCAGCUCUCCGAGCUCCGAGCUAACAUCGACGCUGAGCGCGCAGCUCGUCCCGAAAGCGACGCCCGCGUGGCUUCCCUGCGAAAGCUCGCCAACCUAAAGAAAGAACUCCAGUCUCUCGAGAACGAGCUCGCGCAGUACGGCGCAUGCGAUCCAGUCAAAGUCGAGGAGAAGAAGCGAGCAUUGGUCUUAGCCAAGGAGGCAGCCGUACGGUGGACUGACAACUACGCCAUGCUGCUUUCCUACUUUUGCAGACAGAACGGCGUCGACCCGGCCGAUAUCCGCAAGUACCUCGAUAUCGACGAAGACUACGAGGAUAUUGCUUGA